AUGCCGCGUUCGGUCUCCAAAAUCGGCGGUGUCUCCCUCUUGCUGGGCGCCGGCUUCGCCGCUGCACAGGCCACUGGCACCAUCUCUGGCUUGGGCCCUUCGGCAUACACAGUCCCUGGCGUGUUCCCGACCUCAGUCUUCCAGUCGUACUACAAUGACCCCACCGCCACCACUGCGGAGCCCCAGCCGGUCAUCUCUGACCCCGUCACUCACAAGACCUACCCGUAUUGGCUCACGAACCCAGAGACAAUCCCACAGGUGGACGCCUGGGAACCACACCCGCUCCCGCCGACGGCGUCGUCUGGGCAGCUGCUCGAGUACGCGGUGCAGCAGAUUGCGUCAAUCGCUGCGAACCCGAUUUUCGGAAACGACACCUGCGCGCAGUGCACCGCCGCACUCGAAGUCGCCAAGUUCCUCGCGCUCGCCGCGCCGGAGCAGGGUCCGAGCCUUGCAGUCAAGCUCUGCGAGUAUUUUGACUACGCGGACGACUGUGAGACCGAGUAUGGCAUCUUUAGCCUCGGCUCGCCCAUCACCCAGGUCGUCGCGUUUGCGGACGUCGGUGGGUACGAUGGCCAGCCGAAGCCGAACCCGCUUCCCCCUCCGCGCCAGGCCACAGGCGAACGUCUCAAGGUGCUCCACAUGUCCGAUCUGCACAUCGACCCUCGUUACACCGUUGGCUCGGAGGCGAACUGCAGCGAUUACCUGUGCUGUCGCCCUGGGGUCUACAACAAGCAGAGCCCGAACACGACCGUGCUACCGGCGCCGAUGUACGGGGCAUACUACUGUGACGCGCCACUCUCGCUCAUUCUGGCUGCGCUCGACUCUGUCCCAGUGCUGACGGGCACGGAGGACACUGGAUUUGACUUCUCGCUUUAUACUGGUGACCUAGUGUCGCACGACAACGAGAAUGAGCUUUCUAGGGAGUACACACUAUACAGCGAAACUAUCCUGUAUAAUUUGCUGAAGCAGAAGAUCAACUCCGGUCCUGUGUAUGCUGUACUAGGUAAUCAUGAUACUUACAACGAAGCACAGAAUGCGCCGUACAACCUGACGCCCUCGCUGACUGGUCAAUUCAACUGGGACUACGACCAUCUUGCCUCCCUCUGGGAGCUCAAUGGUUGGAUCGACUCCGGUGUCGCACAACAGGCUCGGACACACUAUGCAGCCUACUCAGUAGAGCGCAGUGAUGGUUUGAGGAUCAUUACCCUCAAUACUGACUUCUGGUACAAAGCGAACUACUACAACUACAUCAACCUGGCAGGGUCUGACAACUCAGGCAUGCUCCGGUUCCUGACGGAUGAACUACAGGCUGCCGAAGAUGCGGGCGACAGAGUAUGGAUUCUGGGCCACGUCUUGAGUGGAUGGGAUGGCACUAACCCGCUGGACAAUCCCACCAACUUGUUCUACCAAAUUGUUGACCGGUAUUCACCCCACGUCAUUGCGAACAUCUUCUUCGGUCAUACGCAUGAAGACCAGUUGAGCAUCUUCUAUGCGAACAACGCGACCAACAUCAGCGCAGAGAACGCCCUUGCGGUCUCGUGGAUCAUGCCGUCGGUGACGCCGUUGACGAACCUAAACAGCGGCUUCCGUAUGUAUGAGGUCGAUUCUGGGACAUUUGAAGUGCUUGACUCGUACACGUGGUAUGCCGACGUCAACUCGUUCUCUUCGCUCGAGGGCCAGACCGAAUUUGGACCCUCGUAUCACUUUGAGUACAGCACCCGCGAGGCGUAUGGCGGGAACAUCACCUGGGGGCCGAACGACCCCCUCAACGCAACCUGGUGGCAUCUUGUCACGGAGUCCAUGGAGGCCAACACGACUCUAGUCGAGCUCUUCAACACUUAUCAGGGCAAGAGCUCCGUGCGCUCGCCUCCGUGCACGGGCGAGUGCGCCACUGCCAAGAUCUGCUACUUGCGCAGCGGCAGCGCUAGCAUCGCGCAACAGAACUGCCCCACCGGCUACGGUUCUGUGCAGUAA